AUGACUGCUGCUCAAUGUCCUGAUUACACCACCUACUCGCAGACGGCGCAAGGAAACCCGUCAUCAGGGCAGUUGGCGUUACCAUACAUGAGACCGACGCCUGCAUGCCGCACGUUCAACAGCACUGUUGUCGAAGAGGUUAUCGGCAACAUGACGUCACGCAUGAAGGAUCCUGACCUCGCUCGGUUAUUUGAGAAUACAUUUCCGAACACCCUCGACACGACGAUAAAAUACUAUGACUCAACAGAAAACAUUGCUUUCGUGAUCACGGGCCUGGCUCAAUACCACUCCAUUCUCUCCCUGGACCCCGAACUCGCAACGCUUGUCAAGGCUAUUAUUAACAAUGAAGCGAGAUAUGUCUCGCAGUAUCCGUACUGCAGCGCGUUUCAGCCUCCCCCGGAAAGUGGGCUGAGCCCCACUGUGAACGACUGGGCUAUCGAUGUCAUCGUGAAUCCGCCUGUAGACAAUCAAACGGUGUACGAGUGCAAGUGGGAACUCGACUCGUUAUGCUCUUUCAUGAAGUUAUCAAGAUCAUAUUAUCAAGCGACAGGAGAUUCCUCAUUCAUCAACAACGAAUGGCAAGCUGCAAUUGAACAGAUUUUCGCCGUGAUAUAUGAGCAAACGCAGCCGACAUUCGACCGAGACUGGAACCUGGUAUCGUACUACAACUGGACCGGUGAAGCAGGGUCAUUACCGGGUGCGGUUAACAACGGAGGCAAUGGAGAACCGAAAGGAUAUACGGGAUUGGUCGGCACCUCCCACCGCCCUUCGGACGACCUAAGCACUUUUGCAUUCUUAACCCCUGCCAAUGCGAUGCUGGUAGUGGAGUUGAACUAUCUGGUGAACAUGCUGGAUUCAGUAGGGCAGCUGGGCAAUAUAAGCGCAUUGGCUCGACAUUACAGCAGUGUAAUCGAGGAGGCGAUCUGGAGUACUACGUUGGUGAACGACAUCUUUGCCUACGAAACUAACGGCCUUGGCAGUCGAUAUGUCAUGGAUGAUGCAAACGUCCCGUCUUUGCUCUCUCUGCCUUAUCUAGGAUUCCUGAAUAUUACCCACCCUGCGUACAUCGCGACCAGGAAGGUGCUCCUCUCGCGGGCUAAUCCUUACUAUGUAGUGGGAGCAAAUUUCAGCGGCAUCGGGGGUCCUCACGAAGAUGCAUGGAAUCCAUGGCCAAUGGCGUUGGUAUCCGCCAUAUACGGAACAGAUAAUGACGAAGAGAUCAUGCAGUAUCUGUAUCUCAUCGCGAACAACACUGACGGCCUCGGGCUCAUCCACGAAUCAAUCAACAUCUACGACUACUCGUACACAAGACCUUGGUUUGCCUGGGCGAACAGCUAUUUCGCUGAGAUGCUUCUGGACCUAGCGCAGCGGAAACCAUAUCUUAUAUUCACUGAUGACGAGCCAUACUACCCUGGUGCUUCGUGACCUCAUACCUGGACAUUUGCGCACAAAACUCUGAGGAUGUAUACUUUUGAUACAAUGGAGACCGCCUUUUGGAUCUU